AUGGCGAAAUUAGAUCUCAUCAAGUAUAUUUUUGAAAAACCCUUCUUGUCUGGGAGAAUAGCUCGAUGGCAAGUGCUAUUGUCUGAGUAUGAUAUUGUGUAUGUGUCUGAAAAAUCAAUCAAAGGGAGCAUCAUCGUUAAUUUUCUCGCAGAUCGAGCUAAUGAGGAUUAUGAAUCUAAAAGGACAAUCUCAAAUGAACUUAAUCCAUGGAAGAUGUAUUUUGAUGGAGCAUCCAAUGCUUUGGGGCACGGAAUUGAGGCAGUGUUGAUUUCUCCAAAUGAAAAGUACUAUCCAGCCACUGCGAGAUUGAAUUUCAAUUGUACUAAUAACAUAACAGAGUAUGAGGCGUUGGUAAUAGGAUUACAAGCAGCAAUUGAGAUGAAGGUCAACGCGAUAGAGUUCAAGGAAAUCAGCUUCAACCAUUUGCCUCGAGAAGAAAAUCAGAUUGCUGAUGCUUUGGCCACUCUCGCAGCAAUGUUCAAAAUAAAAGAAGCAGCUGAUGUACGCCCUUUUGAUUUAAAAGUCCGUGAAGUCUCCGCACACUGCUUGAAUGUAGAGGAAGAGGUUGAUGAAGCAGUUCUACCUGUUGAAGUAGAAAUCCCAUCAUUGAGGGUGUUGAUGGAAACAGAAUUAAAAGAUGCUGAGUGGGUCCGCUCCCGCUACGAGCAAUUGAAUUUGAUUGAAGAGAAAAGGCUCGAGGCUCUUUGUCACAGCCAGAUGUACCAACGAAGAAUGAUGCAAGCAUAUGAGAAAAAAGUUCAUCCCAGAUAG